UUACGAGCUUGGUGUUCCAAGGACUCUGCACUUUGCCAGGAGGAAGAGGACGUGACCAGACCUUAUAAAACAGUGACAUUCAAGGAUGUGGCUGUGGACCUCACCCAGGAGGAAUGGCAGCAAAUGAAGCCUGCCCAGAGGAACUUGUACCGAGAUGUGAUGCUAGAGACCUAUAGCAACCUAGUGACAGUAGGUUACCAAGCCACCAAGCCAGAUGUCAUCUUCAAGUUGGACCAAGAAGAGGAGCCGUGGGUGCUGGAGGAGGAAAUGUUUUGGAGACAUUCUCCAGAAGCCAGAGGAGGAGGAAAGAAGAGUUUUACAUCGAAAGACAUGACCAAGGGCUUGGACUUCAAAGAUGUGGUCAUUUACUUCUCUCGAGAGGAGUGGGAGUGCUUGCACCGUUCCCACAGAAGUUUGUACCAGGAUGUAAUGUUGGAGAAUUAUAGCAACCUGCUUUCGCUAGGUCUUGCUGACACUAAGCCAAGAGUGAUCUCCCUUUUAGAGCAGGGGAAGGAGCCCUGGAUGGUUAUGAGGAAUGAGACAAAAGAAUGGCUUCCCGAUUGGGUGUCUGGAAGAGAAGGCAAGAAUUUACUUCCAAAGGAUGGCUACAAAAUUAAAUCAUGGCAACAAAAGAUGGCAAAAAAACAUACACACCCCAACAUUGAGGACAGCAGGGCCAGAGGUAAUAGACAAGCCACAGGCCGGCUGGAGAGGCAGCAAGACCCUCAGGAGGGACAUUUGAGACAAGCUGUAGUGACCUCUGUCGAGAGGCCCAGUUCCAUCCAGUGCACAGUCCACAAAGAUGCUCACCCUAGAGAAAAACCCUGUGAAUGCAAGAAAUGUAAGAAAACAUUCAUGUGCCAGUCAUGUCUCAUUGAACAUGAGCAAAUUCACAAUAAGGAAAAAAGCAUUGAGUGUGUACAGUGUGGGAAAGUCUUUAACUGUAGGUCAGACUUAAUCAUGCAUCAGAGACUUCAUGACAGCAAAAAAGGCAAUGAAAAUAAGAAAAGUGUCCUUGUUUGUGGUUCUGAUGUUUUGAAACCUCAGAGUACUCACAGUAGUGAGAAACCUCAUAAGUGUAAGGAAUGUGGGAAAGGUUUCCAUUCUACCUCACAGCUCAGUCACCAUCAAAAGUUGCAUAUAGGCGAGAAGCCCUACAAGUGUAAGGAGUGUGGGAAGGCUUUUCCGUCUAUUGCCCAGCUUAGUCUUCACCACAGAGUUCAUACUGACGAGAAGUGCUUUGAAUGUAAGGAGUGUGGGAAAGCCUUCACCCGCCCCUCACAUCUUCUUCGUCACCAGCGAAUCCACACUGGUGAGAAGCCGCAUAUGUGUAAGGAGUGCGGGAAGGCCUUUCGUUACGACACGCAGCUUAGUCUCCAUCAGCUGACUCACGCUGGGGCGAGACGCUAUGAGUGUAAGGACUGUGACAAAGUGUACAGCUGUGCCUCACAGCUCACCCUCCAUCAGAUGGUUCACACUGGGGAGAAGCCCCACAAGUGUAAAGAGUGUGGGAAAGGCUUUAUCUCUGAUUCACAUCUGCUUCGACAUCAGAGCGUUCAUACCGGCGAGAAGCCCUAUAAAUGUAAGGAGUGUGGCAAAGGCUUUCGUCGUGGCACAGAGCUUGUCCGACAUCAGAGAGCAACUGGGGAGAAACCCUAUAAAUGUAAGGAGUGUGGAAAGUCCUUUACUUGUACCACAGAGCUCCUUAGACAUCAGAAAGUUCACACUGGUGAUAGGCCCCACAAAUGUAAGGAGUGUGGGAAGGCUUUCAUUCGAAGAUCAGAGCUAACACAUCAUGAAAGAAGCCACAGCGGUGAAAAGCCCUAUGAGUGUAAGGAAUGUGGGAAGACCUUUGGCCGUGGCUCUGAGCUCAGUCGACACCAGAAAAUCCAUACUGGUGAGAAGCCCUAUAAGUGUAAGCAAUGUGGGAAAGCCUUCAUUCGUGGCUCUCACCUUACCCAGCAUCAGAGAAUUCAUACGGGACAGAGGAGGAGUGAAUGAAAAAACACUGCCAUCAGAAAGUUCAUACAGUUACAAAUUCUUAUGAUGGCUAACAAAUUGGGAAAGCAACAUCAAAGGGUUUCUCAUUAGCACUAGAAUCCAUACUCAGAGACCAAGUAGGGCCACAAAUGAUUGGACACUUGUCAUCAGUGAGAAACCUUACAAUUACAGAAAUCGGAGGUGACUUAAUUGUUCCAAAAUUUAUCUCAAGGCUUUAGUUUAUGAAAAAUUGGAAAGUUCAUGAACGUAAAGAAAGUAGGAAUGUUCUUCCAGUGACCCAGAACCAGAUAUGCCUCAGGGAAUUCACACCAGGGACAAACUGAGGAGGCAGUAACAUCAGAGAAAUUAGCUGUUAGCCCUCAGAGGAAAGAUUCAUAGUCACUACAA